CUACUUAAACGGUCCGCUAUUCCUUUUUUCUAUCGCCUACCCUAUUCACCAAUCGCCAUCGUCCUCCAGAACAAACCAGCGGUUGUUUCUUUCUGUUCUCUGCAAUCUUCUCCGAUUCUUUCUCAGUUCCAAUCACUUGUCAAUCGCACGGUGGCAAAGCCCUCCUUUGACCUUCUGUUACGCUUCUUUAUAUAUCGCCUGAGAGUUUAUGCGUUCUGCUUUUUUAUCUGGUUUCAGUUUGAUUUUUAUAUAUUUUUGGUGUUGAUUGGAUCGGACUUGAUCGUUCGUCGAUUGAGCAGGACGAUGGGUAGCUCCGGCGCGAACACAUUUAAGCUGGCGGAUCAUCCGAAGCUGCCGAAGGGGAAGACGAUAGCCUUGAUUGUUUUGGAUGGUUGGGGUGAGGCUAACCCCGAUCCCUACAAUUGUAUCCAUACUGCUGAGACUCCUACCAUGGAUUCCUUUAAAAAGACUGCCCCUGAGAAAUGGAGAUUGAUCAAGGCCCAUGGAACUGCAGUGGGUCUCCCUAGCGAGGAUGACAUGGGCAACAGUGAAGUUGGUCACAAUGCUCUUGGUGCUGGGCGCAUUUAUGCUCAAGGCGCCAAGCUUGUCGAUCUUGCCCUGGAAUCUGGAAAGAUCUAUGAUGGGGAGGGUUUCAAAUAUAUCAAGCAAUCCUUUGAUAAGGGAACACUGCACCUCAUUGGGUUAUUGAGUGAUGGUGGAGUUCACUCCAGGCUUGAUCAAGUGCAGCUUUUACUCAAAGGUGCCGCUGAGCAUGGUGCCAAAAGGAUUCGCCUUCACAUUCUUACCGAUGGACGUGAUGUGAUAGAUGGUACAAGUGUUGGCUUUGUUGAAACUAUAGAGAAUGAUCUCGCCAAAUUAAGGGAGAAGGGUGUCGAUGCACAGAUUGCAUCUGGUGGAGGUCGCAUGUAUGUGACAAUGGAUCGUUAUGAGAAUGACUGGAGUGUUGUGAAAAGAGGGUGGGAUGCCCAGGUUCUUGGUGAAGCGCCUCACAAGUUUAAGAGUGCAGUAGAAGCUGUGAAGAAGUUAAGGGAAACUCCCAAGGCCAAUGACCAGUAUUUGCCUCCUUUCGUUAUAGUUGAUGACAGUGGCAAGGCUGUGGGGCCAAUAGUUGAUGGCGAUGCGGUCGUCACAGUCAAUUUCCGUGCAGACCGUAUGACUAUGCUUGCAAAGGCACUUGAGUAUGAGGACUUUGACAAAUUUGAUCGUGUGAGAGUUCCUAAGAUUAAUUAUGCUGGUAUGCUCCAGUAUGAUGGCGAGUUGAAGCUUCCAAGUCAUUACCUUGUGUCUCCUCCUGAGAUAGAGAGAACUUCUGGUGAAUAUUUGGUGCAUAAUGGUGUUAAAACAUUUGCCUGCAGUGAGACGGUCAAGUUUGGUCAUGUUACUUUCUUCUGGAAUGGAAACCGCUCAGGUUAUUUCAACCCAGAAAUGGAAGAAUACAUUGAGAUUCCAAGUGAUGUUGGGAUCACAUUCAACGUACAACCAAAGAUGAAGGCAUUGGAGAUUGCAGAGAAGGCACGGGAUGCCAUCCUCAGUGGGAAAUUCCAUCAGGUUCGUGUGAACCUACCAAAUGGAGACAUGGUGGGACAUACAGGAGAUGUUGAAGCAACAGUUGUUAGUUGCAAGGCUGCUGAUGAAGCCGUCAAGAUAAUGAUUGAUGCAAUCGCGCAAGUUGGUGGAAUUUUCGUGGUCACAGCAGAUCACGGGAAUGCUGAAGACAUGGUUAAGAGAGACAAAUCUGGGAAGCCUGUGCUUGACAAGAAUGGCAAUGUCCAAAUCCUGACUUCCCACACCCUCCAACCUGUCCCAAUUGCGAUCGGCGGCCCAGGAUUGGCACCUGGAGUGAGGUUCCGCAGCGAUGUCCCAACUGGUGGACUUGCAAAUGUUGCCGCAACUGUGAUCAAUCUCCAUGGAUUCGAGGCCCCAAGCGACUACGAGACCACCCUCAUUGAAGUGGUGGACAAGUAAGAGAGGAUUUGAGAUAUGAAGCCACCACCUUUGCAGAUAUCCUGGUUUACUUACUAGUUCACUGUCUGCUGAUGUGUGAACUGUUAAAGCAAUUGAUGGAAGUUGUGAUGGUAGUGUUGGCAUUUUGCUUUUUUAUUUUUGCUCUCCCCCAUUUAGGUUGAAAAAUAAGCCAUUUUUUACGGUCCCUGGCUGCCUGCUGUGCCCGUCCACGGGCCGCUGCUAGUCUCUCUCUAUAUCUACUUCGGAUUUUCCUCUUUUAAUAGACUUUAUACCCGAGAAAAAGACGCUCAAAAUUUGUUGGCCAUCUUGUGGAAUUGAUGUUAUGGUUUACCAUGUUUUUUCUUUUUACGUCUGAAAGAAAGAAAGGAAAGAGUUUGUUCAUAUAAACAUGUGGGUUAAUUGCAUGGUUGGUCAAUGAGAUUACAAAAAAGUUCAAAUUUGGUCACUCAAAAUAUUUAAAUCUAUUGGUGGUACUUCAAUUUACUCAAACGGUUUACGUUUGGUCACUCUCCGUCCAACUCCGUUAACUUUAAUUGAUAUGGCAGUCAACUCUCAUAGUUGACCACUAACUUAGUGACGUGGCAAUUAAAAAUCAUAAAUAAAAUAAAAUUUAAUCUAUUUUAAUUUUCAACUCAUUUUUACUAUAAAAAACAUUAUAAUUGAUACAGAUGGAGAGACAUUCUUCUCAGUCCCAGUCACCCACCUCACCCGGCGGCGCCACCCGCCCCACGGUCACAGUUCCUCAGGGCUCCGCUGCCGCCACCGCAGGGAUGCGCCGGGGGGCCUUCAUCGUCUGUUUCUCUUGCCUCGGACGACGGCGUAGGUAGUUCCGGAGGAACAAGCCUUUUCCUAUUCGGGUUUAUUUCCUUCUCAGCAACACCAUUCCGUUUCUCCUAAGGGCCGUCCCAUGAUAUUUGGGGGCCUGUUCGACAAUUUAAAUUGUGGCCCCAAAAAAUUUUUUCACAAAUUUAUUAAAAAUAAAAAUCAUUAAAUAAUAAUAAAAAUUACAUAACUUCAAAAAAUUAUUAAAAAAUUAAUAAUACUUUCUAUUUUUUAAAUAUUAUCUACGCUUAGAACUAUCUUUUUAAAAAUUUUGGGUUGACAUAAUUAAAAUUUAUAAUCAAAGAUUAAUGUUUCCAAAUUACCAAUCAAUAUAAGUUCCCUACAAAAGAAAAAGGGUUAGAAUUUAAAAAAAGUUGAUUAGGAGUCUGUAUAGUAGGGAUGAAGAUUGAUUAGGAGUUAAUUAGAAUUGGGUGUGACCAAUUCAUAUUUAGGCGUUGGAUGAUUUUGGGAAGUUGAGAAAUUUUGGGAAAAAAGAAGAAUACAAACGUUAGAUACAUGAACAGAUAUUUUAAAUUUAGCAAACAACACAUAGCUUAGUGGUUUAAUCUCCUUUUUCUUAAUACGUGGUCCAUGGUUCGAUUCCCCUCCUUGUAGAUUUUUUGUCUGGGCGUCUGGGCCUUGCCAACGUAAAGGGGCCUCCGAACCUAUGGGUUAAGUGGGGCCUUGCAAGUCCAAGUUGGCCAGGACUAUGUGGGCCUUGCCAGUCUCAGAGGGCCUUCGGACUUAUGGAUUAUGAGGCCCCAAAAUAUUGAGGCCCUGUGCUGUGGGUCUGACCAGCACAGGGCCUGGGUCGGGCCUAUUUCUCCUCCACACCAAGAAGCAUCACUUAUUUGCUCUUCUCCUUCUUCACUAUAUAUUCUACUAGCCUAUAGCCCGGCCCGUUGGCCGCAUUUGUUUAAGGAAAUGGAGUUACAAUAUCUAUAAUGAUAGUGUCGAGAAAUGAGUCUUGUUUUAUAUUAUCAUAAGAUUGUUGCAAUUUUGCAAUCGUUGAAGACGAACAUGUAAUAUGAAUGAACAUUCAUAAUAAGUUAGAAAUACAUUUGAAGAUUAGCU